UUCCUGUUCCACUGGUCCUCGUCCAACCUGCCACCGGUGCGGCCGCCCCGUAAAGGGGACGUCUUGCCCCGCGGAACGUCUCCCUCUCCCUCCCUCCCUUUUCUUGAACUCCCCUUGCGGAACUUGUGUACUUUCUCCGAAAGCUUAUCGUGCUGAGCUGACGAGAAAAAGUCGUCUUCGCUUCACGGGUGCCAGUUCCUCAAAGUUCAAGCAACCUCCGUGUCCCCACCAAAAAUCUCUCGGCCUUUUUCCCCCACCCCGUCUGCUCCCGCACUUGAAUCACGACCCGUUGUUUCGAGAAAGCCCCGUAGCAUUCAAUUAACGCGGGCAAGGGAGAGGGAGAGGGAGAGGGAGAGACCCAUCAGUCUGUUUCGCUGUGCUCGUUCGCUGAAUGUUCAUAUAGAGCUCGGAAUCUAAGAGGGUAGCUGUUGAGGAGGAGGGAGGAUGAUGCCCUGCACGAAGGAGUCGCGCUCUGCGUCGGGGGAGGGCCCGAAGAUCAAAGGGGUCCACACACAUGGAGGUCGCUACGUGCAGUACAACGUGUACGGGAACUUGUUCGAGGUCUCGGCCAAGUACGUCCCUCCCAUUCGUCCCAUUGGUCGAGGGGCUUACGGUCUUGUCUGUGCUGCUGUGAACUCGGAGACCAGAGAGGAGGUCGCCAUCAAGAAGAUUGGCAAUGCAUUUGAUAACAGGAUAGAUGCCAAACGGACACUGAGAGAAAUCAUGCUUCUCCAUCACAUGGAUCACGAGAAUGUUAUAGCCAUCAAGGACAUCAUACGACCACCCAGGAAAGAAACUUUCAAUGAUGUUUACAUUGUUUAUGAAUUGAUGGACACUGAUCUCCAUCAGAUAAUUCGGUCUGACAAUCCUUUGACAGAUGAUCAUUGUCAGUACUUCCUGUAUCAGUUGUUGCGAGGACUGAAGUAUGUACACUCUGCCAAUGUAUUGCAUCGUGAUCUCAAGCCUAGCAAUUUGCUUCUAAAUGCGAAUUGCGACCUGAAAAUAGGGGAUUUCGGUUUAGCGAGGACAACGUCUGAGACAGAUUUCAUGACUGAGUAUGUCGUCACACGAUGGUACCGAGCACCUGAGUUGCUCCUCAAUUGCUCAGAGUACACUGCUGCAAUUGACAUAUGGUCUGUUGGUUGCAUACUCGGAGAAAUUGCAACCAGAGAGCCUCUGUUCCCUGGUAAAGACUAUGUUCAUCAGCUGAGGCUAAUCACAGAGUUGAUAGGCUCUCCUGACGAUGCCAGCCUCGGUUUUCUCCGAAGCGACAAUGCCAGGAGAUAUGUCAGGCAGCUUCCACAGUACAGGAAACAACAGUUCUCUAUGAGAUUCCCAAACAUGUCUGCCGGGGCCAUCGACUUGCUAGAGAAAAUGCUUGUGUUUGAUCCCAACAAGCGCAUAACUGUUGAUGAGGCGCUUUCCCACCCUUACCUAGCAUCCCUCCACGACAUUAACGAUGAGCCAGUCUGCCCCAGGCCCUUCAAUUUCGAUUUCGAGCAUCCGUCGUGCACUGAAGAGCACAUCAAAGAGCUCGUCUGGAGAGAAGCCGUGAAGUUCAAUCCCGACCCUGCCUGAUUUGGAACAAUCGGACACAAGUUCACAUACCAUCAGGAUAAUGUCAUGGAAACAAGUCCUCCCACGAUCCAUUUGGCCCGUUGCCCAUUUGCUGGAGCGAGUGGGAGAGGUGUUAAGAGUUUGUCUGUAUUUAUUUAAGCAAAACUUCUGUAUAAGGGGCUUGGAUAUGAACUGUCGUUCUGGAGGGAAAUUCCAAUUCUCUAGAAAUAAGUGAGAUAUAAAAGAGAUAUGUUAGAGCAGGCUCUACCUUAAUCCUUAUGUGAACUAACUUAACUUGGAAUUGAAGUAAAAAUGAGUACAUCUCAUUUGUUAUGGAUUUGGAUUUCAGCUGAUUAGUG